CCACGGCACCGCAAAAACAAUAUGAUUGUUAAAUCCGUGGCUGUUCUUGUGCUUUCUGUAUUAAUUGGAUAUAUUGUCUACAAAAAUCAGAUUUCAGACAGCACUGAAGUUGAACAGGAAAUCAUAUCAUCUUGGUCAGAAAGUAUUUCAUUGCCUAAUAAUCAAUUCAGGAAAUUGCUUGUUGGAAUAAACUCCAAUGUAGAUCUAAUUGUCCCUGGAGUUGAGCUACUUCUGCAGCUUAACAUAACCCCUGGGGACGACUUCAACCAUGACCAGCUAUUUACACUGGAUCAUCUGCAAGAAACCUUCUCUCACUUCUUCAAGAAGGGAUCGGCUGCAGAGAGAGCAUUUAUGGAUGCUGAUUUGUUCAGGAAAAUUGUUUCAGAGGCAGAAAAACUAUCUAACCCUCAGUUUUACAUAGGAGGUAAUGCAGCCUUGAUUGGGAACAAAAUUGCUCUAGAAUUUCCAAAAGUAGAGCUUCAUUUGGUAGGGCCUGUAGGUCCAAAGUUGUUGGAAUUGCUCCCCAAAUCCAUAACUAUUCCGAAAAUGAGUCAUAUACCAAAAGAUGAAGUUCACCUGAUAAUGGAAUACCAAGUGGAGGAAUCCUGGGGAAACCACACAGCACCAGUGGCUACAAGAUUCAUAACCAGCUUUGAUGAAUCUAAUUCUAAGGCAACAAUGAUAGAAAGCUUCUUUCAAUACUCUAAAAAUGUCAAUCCAGACUUGAUUAUUCUCUCAGGGCUUCACCUGUUAGAGGGACAGUCACCAGACUUUUUUAAUCAGAAGCUAUUAUUUAUACAAAAUGAACUGGUCAAAAUUCCAAACACAACACCUGUGCAUCUAGAACUUGCAAGUAUGGCUAACCAGAAGUUUGUUAAAGCUAUAGCUGACCAGAUCGUUUCAAAAGUAUCUUCUCUUGGAUUAAAUGAACAAGAAAUUACAUUUUUGUCCCAUGCUGCAAAAGGACCCCACAGUGAUUAUUUUGAGAACAUUCAAGGGCAGCCAGAAAUACAUAAAAUCAGUGAUAUUAUUUUAUGGGUGUUAAAGACACAUGGCUAUUCUAAAGAAUCUCCAUCUCGUAAGUUGACAAGGGUUCAUUUCCACUGUCUGACCUAUCACAUUAUAGGCAUCCAUUCGUCAGCAUGGAGGAACAAUCCAUCUGCUGUUGGAGCUGGGACGAGGGUCGCAGGGGUCCAGGCUUGUGACGUCGAAUCUCCUGACCCAGACCUGGUGACCUUGAAAUUUCCACAGCAGUUUAAGCUGUUUAGUGGAGACAAAGAAAGAACAUUUAACGAGAGUCAGCCUAUUAUGACCUGGAAAAAAGACGGAUUUCACUUCGCUCUUAGUCCUGUAUUAGUUUGUAAACAACCAUUGAAAACAGUUGGACUAGGGGAUUCUAUAUCAGCCACAGGACUUAUGUUUUCAGAGUUUGUCACUGAUUUCCACAGGUGAUGUCAAGCAUUUAUAGAUUAUUGUCACAUUGAGAAACCAUAAAUGUGUGGGGGUUUUUUUCUUUUUCAGCGGGAACAUCUAAAAGAGGGAUAAUUCAUAAAGUAACACAUCUAAUUAUGUAUUAACCAAAUAUGCUCAAAACUUGAAAAUAUAUAUAUUAAUUGAUCAUUAAUUUUGAGAAAUUUUUAAAGGAUUAGUGCAAAUGUAAUUUAUAUGGGGUAUGUUUUUUGUUUUUGUUUUUGUUUUUUCAUUAGAAACAUACUUACAUGUA